AUGGCUCAAUUCACCAUCAAGUCCGCCAUCGUCGCCAUGGGCAUGGCCCUCACCGCUACAGCCGUUCCCCAGUGCGCUACUGACGCCGACUGCCUCUCUGGCUACAUCUGCGGCCCCAGCGACUAUUCUGGCUCAGGUAACACCGAUAAUGUCUGUGUCCAGCUUCAGUCCUGCAUGAACACGCCCGAUCCCGAGUUCCCUCAAAACGGACCCAAGUGCGGAGCCAGCACCUUCUGCAACGUUGGCGGCUUCUGCGGCGGCGGCUACUACGACGUGAACGGCAACCGAGUCGGGACUGAAGUCUGCGUCAACCAGGCCACGGGAGUCAGGUGUGCUGCACCUUCGACUUGA